GUCUAGGAUAAUUAUAGAUACAUUAUACCAAUAGGGAAUACGACUUUACCGUAGAAAUGAAAUUUACACGCUUCUUCCUUGCGCGGCGAACGAGACUACUUCUCAGUUCUGUCGAAAACGAUGCGACGCAAACGCAAAAGAUUAAGGAUAAGAUAGAUGAUCAAAUCAAUCGCGAAUCUGUCGCUUUCUCCAAAAUAGCGUCCUACCCCAACCGUUCUCUUACCCGCCCUGUUAUUAGACUCAUGCCGGACCAGAUAAGCAGUACACUUUUCACCUCCAACCUCAACAUCAUGAUCAGCGUCGCCACCAACCUUCGAUGCCUCUCCCUCUCGGCGCCAAAAAUCCACUGGGAUGCGGCGGUGGUGGUGAUCCGAAGGAACAUCGACGAGACCGAGUUUGAUGUGUGGGUGAAUCCGCAAGUCCCCGGGUAUGACGACCGGCAUUCCAUCGCGCCGAUGUACGGCAUGUGGGAGAACUGCGUUUCCUGCGGACUGAACCACGCCUGGGUGGUUCGCACGCAGCGAAUCACGUGCACAGGCCUUGAUAUGGUGGGAAAUAAGAAGGAGGAGGUCUUGGACGGCAUGCGCGCGCGAUGUUUGAUGCAUGAGUUGGACCAUCUAAACGGAAAGACGAUUUUCCAUAAAGCGAUUGGGCCUGAGUUCGUUGUGAGUGGUACCGCUUUGUCGCAGCGGGAUCUAUGGCCACCCAACUUCCCCUCUGCGGAGGCGCACAUAACACCGGCUUAUACUUUUUUCGAUUACGUAACCAACACAACUGUCAUACCAAAGGGCUUAGAAUUGUGGUUUGGUAUCCAUGAAUCCUCCCAACACUUUACUAGCCAGCGUUUGACGAAGUGAUACCGCAUCACAACCCAUUUUUUACAGGGAGAAGGGAUAUAGUUCAAGCUAAUUUCUUACACACAUAUAUCACACGGAUUAUGAUGUCUUUUAUUACAUCUCUUCCUUAUUUUAUUACAACAAUACUUUUCACAUAUGAAACUGGUUAAUAUAUAUAUAUAUAUAUAUAUUAGUAUUAAUAUCCUA